GAGCGUGGUAGAGACAGCGAAAGGGAAUUGGGUCGAUUGAACUGAUGACAGAGGGUAGCAAUCCAAUAUCUCCGGUGGACGGCAUGGACGUGACCGGCGGCAGCAAAGAGCAGCAGGCGGCGGGAGUGGGGAUUCUCCUUCAAAUAAUGAUGUUGGUUCUGUCUUUCGUGUUAGGUCACAUCCUUCGUCGCAAGAAGAUUUACGUUCUUCCCGAAGCCAGCGCUUCUCUUCUCAUUGGCUUGCUCGUUGGUACACUCGCUAACAUUUCUCAUACUCAAACUAGUAUCAGGGCGUGGUUCAACUUUCACGAGGAGUUUUUCUUCCUCUUCCUUUUACCUCCCAUAAUAUUUCAGUCUGGCUUCAGUCUCUCGCCUAAACCUUUUUUCUCUAAUUUUGGAGCUAUUGUCACGUUUGCUAUAUUCGGCACCUUUCUGGCUUCCAUUGUGACGGGUGUCUUAGUUUAUAUUGGCGGAUUGAUGUACCUCAUGUACAGAUUACCUUUUGUUGAGUGUCUAAUGUUUGGUGCACUGAUAUCCGCAACCGAUCCUGUUACUGUUUUGUCCAUAUUUCAGGAGCUUGGCACAGACGUCAAUCUUUAUGCCUUGGUUUUUGGAGAAUCUGUUUUGAAUGAUGCAAUGGCUAUUUCUUUGUACAGGACAAUGACAGUGAUUAAAAGUCAUCCAUCUGGACAAAAUUUCUUCAUGGUGGUUGUUAGAUUUUUAGAGACUUUUGUCGGGUCAAUGUCUGCUGGUGUUGGAGUUGGUUUUGUAUCUGCUCUACUAUUUAAAUAUUCAGGGUUGGAUAUUGACAAUCUUCAGAACUUGGAGAGCUGUCUUUUUGUUCUUUUCCCGUAUUUCUCGUACAUGCUUGCUGAAGGUCUUGGACUGUCUGGUAUUGUAUCAAUAUUGUUCACAGGAAUGGUCAUGAAGCAUUACACAUAUUCAAAUUUGUCACGUAGUUCUCAAAGAUUCGUCUCUGCUUUUUUUGAGUUGAUAUCAUCAUUAGCUGAGACAUUUGUAUUUAUCUACAUGGGCUUUGAUAUUGCUAUGGAGAAACAUAGUUGGUCGCAUGUCGGAUUUAUAUUCUUUUCCAUUAUAUUCAUUGGAAUUGCAAGGGCAGCCAAUGUGUUCUCAUGUGCUUAUUUGGUCAACUUGUUCAGACCUACCCGCCGACAAAUUCCGCGAAAACAUCAGAAAGCACUUUGGUAUAGUGGACUUCGAGGGGCAAUGGCUUUUGCCCUUGCUCUGCAAUCAAUUCAUGAUCUGCCAGAUGGACAUGGACAGAUCAUCUUAACUGCAACUACUGCAAUAGUUGUUUUGACGGUAUUACUGAUUGGUGGUUCAACAGGCACCAUGCUGGAAGCUUUACAAGUUGUAGGUAGUGACAGUCCUAUCAUCGAGAGUCCUUUGGCUUCAAUUACCAGAACGAAUUUUGAGGGAACCAAUGGUUAUCUUUCUCCCGAAGAUGAAGAAUCAUCAUCAGGGAACAAAAUCAAGAUGAGGCUACAAGAAUUUCAAAGAAGUGCUGCAUCUUUUACCGCAUUAGAUAAAAACUACCUCACCCCGUUCUUCACUAGUCAAAAUGAAGAUGAAGCUAUGCCCCUGACUUUGGAGAACAUGGGAUUGGAUGAUGAUGAUGACCGCUACUCGUCAUGAUAUUUUUGGAACAACGUACUCAAUGAUACUAUGAAGGUUCCUUUUUGUACACACCUUGAGUCACAUGCAAUUUAUUGAUAACUUGGAGGAAUUGUCAUAAUACAAGGAUCAUUCCAAGUUUCCAACUCACUGAAUUCAGAAACUUACGUCAAGUAGGCAGAUUAGGUUGGAAGACAGACAUCUUAUAUGCUGCUUUAGUAUUCUAUGCUUUCAAGUUGAUGACUAUGGUUCUUUCACGAAGCUGGGGAUUUGUAAACUUGAUCUAACAUACGUGUUUACUCACUCUAAUAUCGGUUGUCCAAGACUAAGCAAGCACAUGAUCUUCAUAUAAAAUAUUCGCGUUAUUUG